AUGAUUUCGUAUCGAGCUGCACUACGUGGUGAUUGGAAGUAUUACAUAGAUGAAAAAGAAAAAAUAAACUUUGGGGCUACGAUCUCUGAUAAUGAAUAUACGGCUCUCCAUAUUGGGGCUACUCUAAAGUCCUGCAAAUUUGCUAGAAAACUGCUUCAUGAGCUGGAUGGAUUAGAGGAUUUAGUUGUGAGAAAUAAAUCUGGCAAUACGGCUUUUUGUCUUGCUGCUGGAUCUGGAAAAUUGGAACUUGCCAUGGAAAUGAUAAAAGUUGCCCAGAAAAUGGUAAAUGAGAAGAAAUAUGGAAACUUAGAAUUGGCAAUGAUAAAAGAGAAAUAUGGAAACUUAGAAGAGGUGGAAAAGAUGAAGAACAAUGGAGAGUACUUAGCACAGGUGAAAGGUAAUGAGGAAAUGUCACCACUUUUGUUGGCAGUUCUCUUCGGCCAUGAAGAAAUUACAUAUUGGCUUUAUCAUCUCACUAAAACUUCCUUAAAGCCUCCUGAUCGGGUCGAAUUGUUUCUUGCUCUGAUAAAAAAUGGUUUUCACGAAUUGGCGCUGCAAUUGCUAAAGGAACACAAAGAGUUAGCUACUGCUCAUGAUGAAAUAGAGAAAAAGGAAACAGCAUUACAUGCCUUGGCUCAAUUGCCUGCUGCCAAUCAACAAGGAGUUUGGAAAAGAAUCAAGAGAUGCUUCAACCGAUGUCAGUUCUCUUCAAUCUUUAAACUCUUUACCAUGCCUUGA